AUGGACAAGUUUGACAAAUUAUGCAAGCAUUUUUAUGAGGUUGCUGAAGUAGCUGCUGAGUCAAAAGAGACUAUCGAAGACCUCCAUGAAACAUUAUGUUUGUUUAGCUCUAAUAUGUCCAUAAAGGAUAGUACACUUAUUGAAGAAAAUGGUGACAAGGAUUCUAAUGCAAUAAAUAGUAAUAGAAUUCGUAGGCCAAAACAUGUCAAGCAAAAAGGUCAUCCUCCAUCUAAAAGAAAGACGUCCAUUGCUGAAACGAUUACUAAGAGGUCAAGGAAGGGAACGAAAAAAUGA